CUAUAACUCCGUAAAAAUUAAUGAAAUUAUGAUCGCUACUUUGCCAAUCAAAAGAUCAGCAAUUUGCGGAAACAAUGUUCCGCUCAAUCGACCGUUUUCGAUCGUUUGCUAUCGAUCGGUAGUCUCAAUACGGCCUCAUGUAUGAUGGUUGCUUGCCGUCCCUUUGACAUAUUGCGUUGCGAAAGAUAAACAUUGCGAACGUACUAAAAACGGAAACGGGCAGGAAAACAUUGGCCACCUGGUAAAGAUAACUGUGAUAUGCUGCGGUGUUGAACGUGUGCGCAAAUCUGCAUGAUAAGUGCUGGUCACCUUUGAUCCCAUCGCCCGAACCACGUUCGAACCGAUCCGCCAUGUCGUCUCCCUUGGCCGAGGUGCAGAACCUCUACGAACGAUACGUGAAAUGGGUAUCGGGUAAUCCGUCCGCCCUGGCGGACGUUGAACUGACGGUCAAGUGGCUUUCGUACUUUGUGGCUGGCAAAAUUAACAACUCUUCCGCCGUCUCGGAGCUGGUGUACUCCCUGUCCAACUUGCUGGUGUUUUUCAACGACCGUAUAAUCGAGAAGGCGAGUAAAAAAACGCCUGACGACACACAACCCCUAGAACGGCACCUGAAUGUGCUGCUCACGACGCUGGAGUACUGUGAAGUGUUUAUAGAGCUGUCCGCCCAUAAAGUCUGGGGCACGAGCGGGCGAUGGUUUUUCAUCGUUGUCAUACAAACGAUAAAAUGCAUAGGCAGACUGAUUCUAACGCUAUUUUGCCAAAAUACGAAAAUCAUUCGCAACCCACCGAUUCCAGCGCUGAAUCGCAAAACAAUACAAACAGACAACCACCACCAUGAUCAUCCCCAAUCGGACAAUGCAUCAUUCCGUGACAAUCUGGCCGACGGAAGUUCUGCCAUCGUGCUGAAGCGUUCGGGGCGCGUGAUGCGCAAAGUGAACUGUUCACCUUCGCUGACGUCACGAUCGUGGAAACCGCCUGCAACGGGGAGCUCUUCUCACCAGCCGGCCGUGUACGGUGGGAAGUUUCUUGUGUCGGCCGAGAUGCUCUACAUUGCCAAACCACUCAUCCAUCUGGCGAGCAUGAGAAAGUUUGGGACGAGAAGCUGGACCAGCUACCUGAUCGCGCUGGCGCUGGACAGUGCCAGCCUGCGGAUGUACUACAAGAAUCGCGAAGUGCUCUCGAAGGACCAGCGGGUGGAACUGUCGCGAAGGUGUGUAUCGAUGCUGCUGUACCUGAUGCGGUCACCGUUCUACGAUCGCUACACGCACGACAAGAUCGCGUGCCUGCUGAACGGCAUCGGGAACAACGUGCCACUGACGGGCAGCAUUGCGCGGCUCAUACUUUCCUACAUUCCGCACUGGCAGGAGACGUACUUCUAUAUGUGGUCGACGUAACGGGGGUUGGACGAUUCGCUCGCUUGGUUGGCCCAACGAAGCCGCAAGCAUUAGGCUUAAGGGUUGAUGCAGUUAAAGGGGGUAUCGGUGCAUGCAUGGUGGGUUAGGUUUGUUGGGGGUUCUGUGGUGCUCGCAAGCAGCAGGCAGGAUGCAAGAAAAUGGCAUAUUAAAUAAAUGAUUUUGUCUAUCAAUUGAA